AUGUCGUGGCGGUUUGUGCGGCACGACCUGCUCGAUCUGGCCGACGCGGGGACGAUCUGGGUCGCCGGACCAUGUGACGCGGCCCAUGCGAUGUUUUUCUGCGCCGGAUUCCCGUGCGACCACUCCUCGUUUGCACCGCUCGCCGCACGCUUCGCCGAAGUUGGCUGCCUUGUCGGCGUCGGGUGCAUGCCUGAGUAUGACCGGGAAGAAGGAUGCCUCCGACCAGAGGGCUACGAUUUGCCGCAGAUCGGUCGCUGCUUUGGCCAAGCCGUCGCUGCGCUCCUCGGGCAGGCCACGGCCGCACCAAAGGUCACGCUCGUGGUGCAUGAUUGGGGCAUCGCACCCGGCUUCUUCCACUCGAAUGUGGUCGGCGUCUACUACUCGCUAUGCCACCUCAACUACCAGUCGAUGUUCGCCACCUCGUUCCUCCUCUACCGCUACUCGAGGGCCCUCGGCUGGGCGUGGCUGCUAGGAGGUCAGGCGCUCUUCUUUGUCCUCCUCGGCAAGUGGCUCAACCCAGCCGGCCCGAAAGACGGCCACCGCGGCGGCAAGGGGCUUUGGUGGGUGUACGCCUCGGCCACGGGCGACCGCGCCAAUGCCACGCUCUUCCGCCCGGCGGAGGCGAAGGCACUGCAGCAGGGCCUCUCCUUCGACGCCUCCCUCGCCAAGCAGCCCAUCUGCUACAUCUACGGCGAGGAGAAGAACACCAUGUUCCACACACGCGCGCAACUCGCUAAGCUGCGCGCCAAGGAGGGGUGCGUCGUGGUCGGCGUGCCGCGCGCGGGACACUGGUGCUACAAGCACGAGCCCGAGGCGUGCUACGCAGCGGUCAAGCCCCCAUGGGUCAAAAAGCUAUAA